AUGGCGGCGAAGGCUGCAGUGCAGCCCAAUGGCCUAGGAGGUUCUCUUGGCCGCCGGGUGCGACCUUCCAGAGCGAGUUCCGAUAGGGAUGGAUGGAGGGCUUCGGAAAAUUCGUCAGUCCAGACGGUGACGGAAGCUCAGGCUUGUUGCGAUGUCGGCACCCGCCGCUAUAUCUCGACCUGCCGCCGGCGAACAGCGGUCGCCGGCGAGAAGCCACCUGAGAGAGUCCAAACGGUUGUCCAUCGGCAGCCGAACCACCACUCGCCGCCGACCACCUCGUUCGCCCAAUCGGUUGCCCACAGAUACCCAAUACACACACAAAUCGCGCUCGCGCCCCCUAGCCUGCGACUACCUCGUUCGUCGCCGACCUUCCCACCGGCGCUCCGCCCAGAGCCACCCAGCAUCACCCAAAACCACCGCCCACACCCUGUACUCACCGAGGACGCCUCCACGCCUCCGCGCAGGUCUGCCACCGCGCAAAUCGCAGCACGCCGGACUUCGACCAUUCCCCGCCACCCAGACCCGACGGCCAAAUAUUAA